AUUCACCAGGGUGGAGCAGUACAAGCCCGGAAAGAAGUGAUGGGGUUCAUGGCUCAGAUCCUAGCCAGCUGAGAGUGGGACCAACACCCGGAGCUCCCCCAGCUUCGGCAGACCUCAGCAUCCACAGCAUCUCAGUACCAGCCUCUUCUCCAAGAACCCUGCCCCCGCUCGAGCCUCUACUUGCAGCCAGCCUUCUCGGCUGCCAGCCCUUCUGUGGGGGACAAAGUCGGGUGAGUACACCGGUCCAGCCCGGCGUGGGAGAGAGGAGACGCUUGCUGCCCCUUGACCCCCAACUUGGUGUCGGCUUCCGGUGCAGCCAGUCGCCCCCACCAUGUCGGAGGAACUGGUCCCGCAUCCCAAUGAGAGCCUGCCGGGGCCUCGGGCCAGCCCCCGUGAGGUGUGGAAAAAGGGCGGCCGCCUGCUGUCGGUGCUGUUGGCUGUCAACGUACUGCUGCUCGCCUGCACGCUCAUCAGCGGCGGUGCCUUCAACAAGGUGGCGGUGUAUGACACGGACGUGUUCGCGCUGCUCACCACCAUGAUGCUGCUGGCCGCGCUAUGGAUAGUCUUCUACCUCCUCCGCACCGCUCGCUGUCCAGACGCGGUGCCUUACCGGGAUGCUCAUGCUGGUCCCAUCUGGCUCCGAGGUGGGCUGGUGCUCUUUGGAAUUUGCACCCUUGUCAUGGAUGUCUUCAAGACUGGCUACUACUCCAGUUUCUUUGAGUGCCAGUCGGCCAUCAAGAUCCUGCACCCCAUCAUCCAAGCCGUGUUUGUCAUUGUCCAGACUUACUUUCUCUGGAUCUCCGCUAAAGACUGUAUCCAUACCCACCUGGACCUGACCCGGUGUGGGCUCAUGUUCACCCUCGCCACCAACCUUGCCAUCUGGAUGGCAGCCGUAGUGGAUGAGUCCGUGCACCAGGCCCACUCCUACAGUGGUUCCCAUGGCAACACCAGCCACACCCGCCUCACCCCUGACUCAAAGCGUGCAGGAGGCACAGCUGAAGAAGACCCGUGCCUCUGCAGCACUGCCAUCUGUCAGAUCUUCCAGAAAGGCUAUUUCUACCUGUAUCCCUUCAACAUCGAGUACAGCCUCUUUGCUUCCACCAUGCUGUACGUCAUGUGGAAGAAUGUGGGAAGGCUGCUCGCCUCCACCCACGGCCACGGCCACACACCGUCCAGGGUCAGCCUGUUCCGGGAGACCUUCUUUGCCGGCCCAGUCUUGGGCCUACUCCUCUUUGUGGUGGGGUUGGCUGUCUUCAUCCUCUAUGAGGUCCAGGUGAGUGGAGAGAGAGGCCACACCCGACAAGCCCUGGUCAUCUACUACAGCUUUAACAUUGUCUGUCUGGGGCUCAUGACUCUGGUCAGCCUGAGUGGCUCAGUCAUCUAUCGUUUUGACCGUCGGGCCAUGGACCAUCAUAAGAACCCGACACGGACCCUGGAUGUGGCCCUGCUAAUGGGCGCCGCCCUGGGCCAGUAUGCUAUCUCCUACUACUCUAUCGUGGCUGUGGUGGUGGGCUCUCCCAGAGACCUGCAGGGGGCGCUCAACCUGUCCCACGCUCUACUCAUGAUUGCUCAGCACACCUUCCAGAAUGUCUUCAUCAUUGAGAGCCUCCAUCGGGGACCUCCUGGGGCUGAGCCUCGUGAAAUGCCCCCCAAGGAGCCCUGCCAAGGCAUCACCUUUGCUAACCUGGAUGCUAUCCGCACCUUGCCUUCCUGUCCACCCACCCCCAGGCUGGUCAUUCCCAACCCAGAAAGUCCUCAGGAAGCAGUAGCUAUCAUCUCGGCCCCCAGGUGCCACUGGCGACGUCGGUGCCUGAAAGACAUCUCUCUGUUUCUCCUGCUCUGUAACGUCAUCCUGUGGAUCAUGCCUGCCUUUGGCGCCCGCCCGCACUUCAGCAAUACCGUGGAGGUGGACUUUUACGGUUACUCCCUCUGGGCGGCCAUCGUCAACAUCUGCCUGCCUUUUGGCAUCUUCUACCGAAUGCACGCUGUCUCCAGUCUACUGGAGGUCUAUGUACUGUCCUGAAGCUCCACAGAGAGACAGAGCAGAGGAACGCCAGCACCUGGAAGUGAAUCAGGCUGGCACUCGCUCUCUGCCUGCCCCAGACUAGAAUUUUCACUAAAGUUUAUUUUUCCAGGAUGAGUUUUUAAAGUCAAAAUCAAGACAUGCCCAUUUAUUCCUGCAUUUAUUCUUAGAGCCUUGGGAGACAGAGGCAGGGAAACUGUUCCCUGCAGAAUCCCCUAGGACCAGACAGGAUCAGGAAAUACCGUCUCUGACUCUAUCUCUAAUCCCAGCCACAUGGCCUGUGUACUCUCUAGAGAUGAGACCAAUAAACCUGCAAGCAA